AAGCAAUAAGUUAGGCCAAACAUGCCCAAAGUAGGGCAUUAUCUUCUUCAGUUCCUCUUCUUCUGCACAUAAGUUACACAAACCCUAAUUUCUCGCCGUACAGAUCAGAUCAUCAUUUCACAAAGCAAGAUACAACGAUAAGGUUUUCUCGAUCUACAAAUCAUGGCGGAAGUGAUGUCAAUGGAAGCUAUACGAACCGAAGCCGCUCGUUUAAACAUCGAUCUCUCUGGAGUUGAUUGGAACUCCAUUCGUCUUCCUCCAGGUGAAGAUUGCGGCAUUAGAAGUGACGAUGAUGAUCUUAACGAGGAGGAUUCGUUGGAGUUUGAUGCUGGGUUCGGGAAUAUUAUUAUUGUGGAUAACUUGCCAGUUGUGCCUAGGGAAAAGUUCGAGAAGCUUGAAGGUGUAGUUCGUAAAAUCUAUAGCCAAAUUGGAGUGAUUAAGGAGAAUGGACUUUGGAUGCCUGUAGAUGAAGACACCGGUAAGACCCGAGGUUAUUGCUUCAUCGAGUACAACACUCCUCAGGAAGCUGAGCUUGCAAAGGAGAAGACCAAUGGGUACAAGCUAGACAGAGCACACAUUUUUGCGGUCAACAUGUUUGAUGAAAUCGACAAAUUCAUGAAAGUCCCAGACGAGUGGGCUCCACCUGAGAGCAGGCCUUAUACACCCGGGGAGAAUCUGCAACACUGGCUUACCGAUGAGAAAGGCAGAGAUCAGUUUGUUAUUCGUGCUGGAUCCGACACAGAAGUCCUUUGGAACGAUGCAAGACAAGUGAAAGCUGACCCCGUUUACAAACGCCCCUUCUGGACUGAAAGUUUUGUGCAGUGGUCUCCGUUAGGGACCUACUUAGCUACGGUUCACCGUCAAGGUGCUGCUGUUUGGGGCGGUGCUUCCACAUUUAACCGCCUGAUGCGUUAUGCUCAUCCACAGGUUAAACUCAUUGAUUUCUCUCCGGGUGAGAAAUAUCUGGUUACUUAUAGCAGCCAUGAACCGAGCAAUCCCCGAGACACCCAUAGGGUUGCACUCAACAUAUUCGAUGUGAGAACCGGAAAAGUAAUGCGAGAUUUCAAGGGAAGUGCUGAUGAGUUUGCGAUUGGAGGAACCGGAGGUUUUACAGGGGUUUCUUGGCCUGUUUUCAAAUGGGGCGGUGGAAAAGAGGACAAGUAUUUCGCUCGGAUGGGCAAAAACGUCAUUUCAGUGUAUGACACGGAGUCCUUCGGUCUUAUUGACAAGAAAUCCAUCAAAGUCGAAAACGUCACGGACUUCAGCUGGUCUCCUACUGAUCCUAUUUUUGCAAUUUUUGUUCCUGAGCUUGGUGGCGGAAAUCAACCCGCAAGAGUGAGCCUUUUUCAAAUCCCGAGCAAAGUAGAGUUACGACAGAAGAAUCUCUUCAGCGUUAGCGACUGCAAAAUGUACUGGCAAAGCAACGGAGAAUACCUUGCCGUUAAAGUCGACCGAUACACAAAAACCAAAAAGAGCACCUAUACCGGCUUUGAGCUUUUCCGAAUCAAAGAGCGUGACAUACCUAUCGAGGUUUUUGAGCUCGACAACAAGAAUGAUAAGGUUAUCUCAUUCGCAUGGGAGCCAAAGGGUCACCGGUUUGCGGUUAUUCACGGUGAUAAUCCACGACCCGACGUUAGUUUCUAUUCAGUGAAAGGUGGUAAAGUGUCGAAGCUCACAACGCUUAAGCAAAAGCAGGCGAAUGUGCUCUUUUGGUCACCGACUGGUCGUUUUAUCAUUUUGGCUGGUUUGAAGGGGUUUAAUGGACAGCUGGAGUUUUAUAAUGUCGAUGAGCUUGAAACUAUGGCUACCGCUGAGCAUUUCAUGGCAACCGACAUCGAGUGGGAUCCUACUGGGAGGUACGUUGCAACUUCAGUCACAUCGGUGCAUGAGAUGGAAAACGGAUUCAAUAUAUGGUCAUUCAACGGAAAGCUACUCUACCGAAUUCUAAAGGAUCAUUUCUUUCAGUUCUUGUGGCGGCCAAGGCCACCAUCCUUUUUGAGUCCCGAGAAAGAGGAGGAAAUAUUCAAGAACCUUAAAAAAUACAGCAAGAAGUAUGACGUACAAGAUCAGGAUAUUUCCGUGUUGUUGAGCGAACAAGAUCGUGAGAAGAGGAAGCAGUUGAAGGAUGACUGGGAACGGUGGGUGAACGAGUGGAAGCGGUAUCACGAGCAAGAGAAGAUUGAUCGGCAAAUGUUAAGAGACGGUGAGGCUAGUGAUGUUGAAGAGGAAUAUGAGGCUAAAGAAAUUGAGGUUGAAGAAUUGUUGGAUGUUUCUGAAGAAGUUAUUCAAGAUGCCUAAAUAUGAAGUUUAUUUUUGUUAAGCUAUUUAUUUAUGCUGUUGGUUAUGUUGAGUUAUAAAUGCUAGAUGCUUAAUUAUGUUUACAUAAACAUUUUUCUAAAUUUUGAUUGUUUGACAGUUUGGAUUUUUAAGUCAAACUACGGUUUUAGAAGAUGUCUGGGUUGGUUGAGUCGGUUGGACCGGCUAAACCGACUGGAGAACGCCCUCUAGUUUGAUGGUUUGGAAUUUUUUCCAUUUAUUUUUAUUUUAAAAUUGUUAUUAACGUUCA